AUGGAUGAUGCAAUAAUGGGUAUCCGUCUUCUGUCGUCAUCAGCCACGCCCUAUCAUACUAUACUAUAUUCUCGAGGUGACGCUGCCAAUGAUCAAUUGUUGUUUAAAGAUGGUACAGGACAGGUAGAUAGACAGACUAACCAACAGAUGGAUGAACUAAAAUGGACAAGGCGAAUUGGUGUAGUGACCGAAGAUGGGAAAUUGGACAUAAAAGUAAUGUAG